CGGGAGGGGUCCGAGUUUCGAAAUCGAGUCGAGUACGUAGAACAUUCUAGGCCGUUCUAGGCCACCGUAGACGGUUGCGACUCCCAGUCAGGUCUCACGACUUUCAACCUCAGUUGUGUCGAAACUAUCGAAGAUUGAACCUCACCAGGUUUUACGUCUGACGUUCAGACCAAAGCUCAUUUUCUUUUCGAACUUGAGACAAUUUCUCAGAGGAAAUUUGACUCGCAGCGUUACAAUUCAUCGAGUUUUUAUCGAGACAAGAAACAAGAAUUAUGGGAAAAGACUAUUACAGCAUUCUAGGGAUCCCUAGAAACGCUAAUAUCAGCCAGAUUAAAAAGGCCUAUAGGCAGUUAGCUUUGCAAUAUCAUCCCGAUAAGUCAAAAGCACCGAAUGCUGCCGAAAGGUUCAAAGAGAUUGCGGAAGCGUACGAGGUGUUGAGCGACGAGAAGAAGAGACAGAUAUACGACAGAGACGGCGAGGACGGUCUGAAAGGUCGAGUCGGAGGUGGAGGACCACAUUUCCAAUUCCACGGAGAUGCAAACGCCACGUUCGCUCAAUUUUUCGGUCGUCCAUUCCAUUCGUUUUUCGAUCAUUUCGAAUACAAUUACAACGACGACGAUAUGGACAACGAUCUGAACGAAUUCACUUUCCUCUCAGGAUUCGGCGGACCCAAAGGCCCCGGCAGCGCUUACAGAUCCCAAUCGUUCAACACUCACGGAAACAAUUCCAGGAAAGAUAAAGCCCAGGAUUCACCCAUCGAGUACGAUCUUUACGUGUCGCUCGAAGACAUAAUGAAGGGGUGUACAAAAAAAAUGAAAAUAUCUCGUAAAGUCAUACAGCCGGAUGGGUCGACGAAGAAGGAAGACAAACUGCUCACGAUCAACGUCAAACCGGGUUGGAAAGCCGGCACUAAAAUUACAUUCAGGCGUGAAGGCGACCAAGUGAGAAAUAAAAUACCGGCGGAUAUCGUUUUCAUCAUCAGAGACAAACCACACUCCAUAUUCAGGAGGGACGGCUGCGACAUUAAAUACACGGCCAAGAUUCCAUUGAAAUGGGCAUUGUGCGGCACGAUAAUCGAAGUGCCGACUCUAUCAGGAGGCACAGUGAAGCUUUCGUUGACAAAGGAAAUCAUCAAGCCGACGACUGUCAAAAGGAUUCUAGGACAAGGGCUACCGUCACCCAAGGACCCGACUUCAAACGGUGAUCUUCUCAUCAACUUCGACAUCAUUUUCCCCGAAGAACUGUCACAGAGUGUAAAAGAUAUACUCAAGGAUAUGUUGCCUCAAUAAACGGGUUUAAUUUGUCUUAUAAUUCUUCUUAAUUUCACCUAUUUCGGCAGUGUUCGAUAUGAAAUCGUUAAUCUACAUGCAAAGCGAUUUCGAUCAGUAUAAUCUGUAAGCCGAAUUUCAUAAUCAAUUCUUUUGUUGAACAUAUUUACUGUUAUAUAUUUUUUUUCCCACGUUUAUGGAUCCUAUGAAGAAAAUAAUUAAGCGUUUGGUUUGUUCAAUUUGAAAUAUUAUAUGGGAAGUUUUCAUCAUUCCCCUUCCCAGUUAAAAAAAAAAAAAAGUGUACGUUCUUUUUCCAUAUAAUGAUCCUAGGAAAAAGCGCUUGGUGUUUUAUAAUAUUUAUAAA